AUGCCACGAAUCAAGAAGAAGCGCGGUAGAUACGAGGAGGUCAGAGCCGAGCGGCGCAAAAAGAAGGCAGACCUAGCUGGGUCGAAUGCGAAGCGACGCAGGCUGGACGACGGCACCGCCGCAAGCGCUGAUGAUGAGCAGCCCGAGACCGACGAUCAGUUGUAUUUUGAAGACACGACGCCGGGCCUGGGAGUGAUCGAUAACCCGCAACGGCCGCCCGGAGAUGAGAUGGUGUUUCACGGCCUUUUGGACGAGGAUGAGCAGGCCUACUACGCCAGCGUGAAUGCAAAGAUCACCGCAAAUGAUUUCGAGGAUGCCGAUGAAAAGAGCGCCUUUCUCGAUGCCGUCUAUCGCGAAUCACGCGGCAAAGAGAUGAAGCUAGCCUCGAGUCAAUCGUGCUCCCGCCAUCUCGAGCGCAUUCUAAGGGUGUCGGGCCCAGAUCAGCUGAGGGACUUCUUCCAGGCCAUCCUCGAAGGCUUGACGCAGUUGGUUCAGCAUCGCUUCGGAAGCCAUGUCUGUGAGACAUUGUUUCUGGAAAGUGCCAAGCAUGUUACGAGCGACUGGAAACCCGAUGUCAAUGAUACAAGUGCUGAGAAAUCGUCUAUAGCGUCGCUGUUCUUGCAGGCCGCAGACCAGCUACAGCAGAACAUCGGAUUCAUGCUGACGGAGCAGUUUGCGUCACAUACUGUCCGGGCGUUGCUACUCGUUCUGUCAGGCGAGCCGCUCGAAGACCCCUCGGCGAAGAACUUACUGGCGAGCAAGCGGAAGGAGAAUCUUGGGAGCUGGGCGGGCGAGCAGACCACAUCUGACGCUCCUCGAAAAGUUCCAAAGAGCUUCCUGAAAGCCAUGUCGAAACUCACAGCGGCCGCAGUGGCCAGCCUAGACACGACCUAUCUGAGAGCACUGGCCACACACUCAACGGGCAAUCCUGUCUUGCAGCUAUUGCUAAGACUCGAGUUGGUCCAUUCAGAUAAAGGGAGAAACCUUGACGACAAGUCUCUCUUCCACAGACUUGUUGCACCGGACUCACUCGAGUCGCCCAACUCUGAAGGAGCCAAGUUCGUGCUGGGAUUGACAUUCGACCCUACCGGUUCGCGUCUGGUCGAAGUGCUGGUAGUCCAUUCUCCUGGUAAGGUGUUCAAGAAGUUGUACAAGGGUAUUUGGAAGGAACGUAUGGCAGACAUGGCCAAAAAUGACACCGCAAGCUUCGUGGCGAUCAAGAUCAUUGAGAGACUGGGAAAGGACGAGUUGCUCGAAGUUCAGAAAGCCAUACUCCCGGACUUGGCUAUACUCUUGCGACGCCGGCGGUUUUCCCUCAUCAAGGGUCUCAUUGAUCGGUCAGCGAUUCGGGAGCUUGACUUUAAGCCCCUGGUCGCCGCAUUCAGAUCUGUGAACAGCGAGGAUGGGCCCAGUCUCCUUCAGCGCCUUGUCUAUCCCGCAACAGUUUCCUUGGACAAGGAGGAAUCAAGCGAAGAGAAAUCGGACUUGCACGGCUCUUUGCUUGCGCAAUCCAUGCUCGAAGUCGAGACUCUCGGUGGGCUCGUUCGCGAAAAUUUAUCGUCCAUGCAGCCUGAAGAGCUGGUUCCAAUUGCGAGCGAUACAAUAGCUUCAAGAGUACUACAGUUGUCAUUGACCUCGUCGACAACGCCUAUGGCUUAUCGGCGGCAGAUGGUGCCUAAAUUCUAUGGGCAGUUGACCACACUUGCGACCAGCUCCGUUGCAUCUUACCUGGUCGAUGCCUUGUGGGUGGCCACAGACGGGCUACACUUCAUGAAGGAGCGCCUGGCUGGCGAGCUCGCAGCCCAUGAGCCAGAGUUGCGAGACUCGUAUCCGGGUAGAAAGGUUUGGAAGAACUGGUCGAUGGACCUGUACUCACGCCGCCGUGGCGAGUGGGAGGCCCGAGCAAAGGGAAUCGCAGAUACGAAAGAGGGAGCAGAGGUGAAAAAGACACCAAUUGAACUGGCAAGGCAGCGGCGAGCCGAGGAGAAGGCGAAGAUGCAGCAGCAAGAGUCCAAACCGCUUGUGCACGCCAAUGCUUAG